GCGUAAUGAAGUUAGUAGAACCACCUGAAAUAAAUCAAAUUAGGCAAUAGCCCAUUAUCCUUCUAAGAAUCUCAGACGAACCCCUAAAAACCCACGUAAUAAAAAACAUAGUAGCAUCAGAGGUGGAGAGAGAGAUUUGUGUCGAGUGACAUUGUGAGUCUGUGACAUGGAAUUCCAUAUAAUAGUCCCAGUCAGUCCCAUAGUUAGUGACUAUUAGUAACUGAAAGUUUAGAGAGAGAGAGAGAGAGAGAGAGAGAGAUGGCGGAGAGUUCCAGUUACAAGGAAUAUGUGGCAGGCUUAGUCGCCGGUGUGGCCACUGUCAUCACGGGUCACCCUUUCGACACAGUUAAGGUGAAGCUGCAAAAGCACAAUACUGAAGCACAUGGGGUUUCAUACAGGAGUGGUUGGCAUUGCACUACAAGAAUACUGAAGACUGAAGGAUUUAGAGGACUUUAUAGAGGGGCAACACCAUCUUUUGUUGGGGUGGCUUUUGAGAGUUCUCUCCUUUUUGGUGUUUAUUCCCAAACAAAGCAGUCACUGCAGGGAGGUGUACAAAGUAGUUGCCCACAGCCCCAAGUGAUUAUUCCUUCUGCAGCUUUUGGGGGAGCUCUCAUCAGUUUUGUGUUAUGUCCAUCAGAGCUGGUGAAGUGUAGGAUGCAAGUUCAAGGUGCUGACUCUUUGGUUCCAAAGUCAAGUAGAUACAGUGGUCCCCUUGAUUGUGCCCUUAAAACUGUAAAAACUGAAGGGGUUACAGGCAUUUUUCGUGGAGGUUUUACAACAUUGCUAAGAGAAUCUAGUGGCAAUGCAGUCUUUUUUAGUAUUUAUGAGUAUGUUCGUUAUUACAUGCAUUCACAACUAAAAGCUGCUUCAUCUGAAAACAGCCACUUGAUUGACGCGGGAAUUGGGAUUUUGAGUGGUGGCCUUGGUGGUGUAGCUUUUUGGUCUGCUGUUUUGCCCCUUGAUGUGGCAAAAACCAUAAUACAGACUUCCCCAGAUAAAAGCUCUUCAAGAAAUCCGUUUCAAAUCUUGAGCUCGAUUUACAGGAGGGCUGGACUUAAAGGAUGCUAUACAGGUCUGGGUCCCACCAUAGUUCGGGCAUUUCCGGCCAAUGCAGCAGCAAUUGUUACCUGGGAGCUAGCAAUGAAACUUUUAGGGAUCAAGCAUGAAUCCAAAAUACCUGAGAGGCUUGACCCUGGGACAGAUGAUAUUGGAUAUAAAAGCUUCACUUGAUUUUUUUGAAAGGGAGCUUCAGCAUCAUUUGAUUUUUUAGUUGAUUCUUUGUGUGGUUCGACUGACAAAUGGGAACUGUUUGGAAUUACUGAGAUUUUUCUUGUCAGAGCCUCUUUGGCUUGGCCUUUUUUCUUUUAAAGAUGUAGGAUGGAUUGCGAGAUACUAUUAGACUGGUUGAAGAUGUGGCUCAAGCAUGUUCAGUUUGAGUUAGGUGAGCUUGGUCAUUGAAAAAAACAUUCAUGAGAGUGAUUGUAACUUGUAUUCCUGAUUGGUGGGUUUUUUUUUUUUUGGAAAUGCUGGACAAUCGGUACUAAGAAAAUAAAAGUUUUAUUUUAUUUACUAGUGUGAUGACCU